GGAAAACGAACUGUGUGUUAUGGCAUUAAAAGGAUUAAAUGUGAUUGAAUUCGCCGGACUGGCCCCAGGUCCUCUCUGCGGAAUGCUGUUGGCCGAUUUCGGAGCGACAGUAACGCGGAUUGAUAUGACUCCACGGAAUGCUCUGGAUGUGUUACAAGGUGGGAAACGUUCGUUGGCGCUGAAUUUGAAGAAACAUAAAGCUAUCGAAAUGGUCCGUUCGUUGUGUCGUCGAUCGGACGUGUUGAUUGAGCCGUUUCGUCCGGGUGUGAUGGAAAAAUUUGGACUCGGCCCAUCGAUCCUCCUGCAGGAUAAUCCACGCCUAAUCUACGCUCGACUAACCGGGUUCGGUCAAACGGGUUCCCAUGCCCCCCGUGCUGGGCAUGAUAUAAACUAUGUGGCCAUUUCUGGAGUACUUUCAAUGCUCGGACAGAAAUCACAGAAGCCAACGCCACCGAUAAACUUGGUGGCGGAUUUCGCCGGCGGUGGUCUAAUGUGCGCUUUCGGAAUUCUAGCCGCCGUGGUGGAAAGGCAUCGAUCGGGUAAGGGACAGAUUGUCGACCAUGCAAUGGUUGAAGGAGCGGCAUACGUAGGAAGUUGGUUGUUUCGGUCCCGUAACCUUCCGGUUUGGGGCAACCCACGAGGGGAAAAUGUCCUAGAUGGUGGAGCUCACUUUUACGAUACGUACGAGACAAAGGAUAACAAAUUUCUAUCCGUUGGUGCCAUAGAGAAUCGUUUCUAUCGACAGCUGCUUGAGGGGCUCGGACUGGAUCCCGAUUUGCCACAGUUCGAAGACGAUAAACAAAGAAGACAACUGUUUGAGACCAAAUUUAAAUCCAAAACUAGAGAUGAAUGGAUGCAAAUAUUUGAUGAGAAGGAUGCCUGCGUCUUUCCAGUGCUGGAGUUGGAUGAAGUUGACUCAUAUACACAUAAUCGAGAACGUCAGGUUUUCGUAAAACGUGAAGAGGCUCAAGAUGAUGCGUUGGUUCCGACGCCAGCGCCAAAAUUAAGCCGCACACCUGCUAUCUCCGGCGCUCUAGCCAGCGAGAAGCAUGAGCUGGAAAUGACUGAGGAAAUAUUGGCAGAGAUAGGUAUUGCAAGAGAUGAAAUUUUCCGACUGUAUGAUAAUGGUGUUUUACUUUUAUCAAACAAACCAAAGUUGUGAGACAAACUAAACGAGAUUUGUUAACUAAUAUUAAGGUUGCGGUUUUUUAUUGUUGGGAUAAAUCCACAUUGAGAUCCUUUAUUUCCAU